AUGUCUACAUAUUUCCAUCCGCGUCCGUCUACUUCUGCACCGCAGAGCCCUGCUUGCCCUGGAUCUGGUCGCCCGACAAUCCGUGCCAUCACGCCUUCGUCACCGCAUGACUUGAGCAAUCCCAUGAGCAAGAGUUGCAGUAAGUUAGAGAAGCCGAGUCAAACGUCGCAAGGGGCGGCAGAGCACCUCUUUAUGCGACCCAAGAGCAUGGAGAUUCUACAAAAGCGCGCCGAGACAAAGCACGCACGACAAGGCUUUCAGCAUGAAGAAGUGGACACCAACAUGCCUGGACUGCGGCGAGGCGGCGAAGUGGCAGGUAGAAAGUCACCCGUCAAGCGUAAACAUCACAGUAAGAGUCACAGAAGCAGACCAUACAGUACGCCACCAGCAACAUCUUUGCGGGGUAGGAUGUCGAUUAGAGAUCGAAAAGAAGACAAAAACGAAGAAAGCGGUGUCAUCAAGCAGGAUGCAAGCAAGCAAACCGAACACCAUGACCAAAACGACAUGGACAUAUUCGCCGCCUGUCCUGAUACACCCACACCAAUGACAGCAUCACAAAAGCGAUUUGCAUACCUCCCUCUCGGCACACCAACCCCAACCGUACACUCCCAAUCCGCUUCCAAACCGCGCUCCAGAACCACUGCCGCACCCCCACGUACCAAGUCCGCCCCGAUCCUCAUCCCAAACCGCAACCGGUACACUUCCAAUCCCGGCGUCAGAAACCCACAGCCUACUAUCCAUACUACAGCGCAAACACAGCACCAACACGGCACACGCGCAGUGCAGCACAGCAGCCAGGCAAAAGCCGCGCCAAAGCCCUCAUACUCACAUCAACAACCAAUUCAUAUAACACAUCAGCCAUCCGCACCAGCCCCGGCAAUCCAACGCGCCAGAACACCCGGUCCCGCGCCCACUGCACCCUUACCGCGCAAACCCCUCUCUGCUUCCUCCAACAUCUCCGUCCACACUGCGCGCGCGCACCGCAGCGUCUUCAGCACGCCGGGCCGCGACGAGUUGGAGCGGAAAAAGGCGGUGGUGGAGAGGAAUGAGGGGCCGUUCGGUAUGGCGGGGAGUGUGGCUGAGUUGGAUGGGAGGAGGCGGGGUGUUAAGAGGGGCGGAGAGGGGAAAGGGGGAAUGUGUGGGGGUAAGGGGUGUUGUGGUGUGAUGUGA